AUGGAUUUCAUUUCGCUUGACGAGGUGGAGGCAACACUUCGAGAGCUCAAGAAACAGGUGGACCUAGCGCGAAUCGACAAGGAAUCGCCGUCGCUGAAGCAGGAUCUAGACAUUAAGUAUCAACGAACCCAAGUGCUUUACAAAGAAGGUCGCUUCAAAGAAGCUGAGACUCUCGAAACUCAACGGUUGCUUGUGUUAGUGGCUCUUCAUGGCUUCGCAGACAAACGGACCAUUGAGUCGAUGGACGCCCUCGGCUCGCUGCGAUUCAACGCAAAGGGAGAACUGGACGGUGGAGAUCUCCUCGAUACCGCCAUUGCACUGAGAAUCAAGACACAGGGAGCAAGCCACCCAGACACACUCGCAAGCCUUGCUAGUAUGGUCGCGAACCUCCACCAAUCGGGUCGAUCCUCAGAGGCAGUACAGCUCGGUCAACACGUCGUCGACAUGUGCAAAGCAAGCCUUGCGCCUUCCGACCCAGCGAGACUCAGAGCCAUGUCCAAUCUAGCCUCCGUAUAUACAUCCAAGGGUGAUCUUACCAAGGCCGAGGAGCUUCUCCUAGAGGUUCUGCGGAUCCGCGAGGAUACUCUCCCUUACGACGACCCAGACACCGUGAGAUCCAAGGUAAAUCUUUCGGGUGUCUACUUUGGACAAAAGAGAUGGAAAGACGCAGUCUUGUUGCUGGAACCUGUUCUAAGCAUUCGGCGGCGGACCAUGGGCGAUAGUCAUCCCAUGGCCAUGAGCAUAGCUCGACAGCUAGUAUACGCCUACUCACAGCUCAUGGGCCACACGGACAAUCUCACAAUCCAGCUCCUCAUCCUUAAUACUGCCAAGAAAACACACGGGGAGGAUCACGAGCAGACCCUCGACGCGUUACUGAGUCUGAUACCAACAUAUAUCCAAAGGCAAAUGUGGAAAGAGGCGAUAGAAACAACGGAGCAAGUUCUCGAGAAGCAGAAGAAGCGUCUUCCUGCAGAUGACCAAAUGGUCAUCGAUCUGAGCUCGCACUUGGAUACGUUAAUGCGAGAGUUUCCGAACCGUGAGUGCAAAGUUUCAGAUGUCUCGAACAUAAUAUAUCGCCCCUUGAGUCUCGAUUCCCGCCAGAUACGGAUAGCCUACAUCACGAAAGGGAGUCGCAGCGAUCCCCUGGAGGCGACUCUCCUACGAACUUCGCUGGACGCACUACCAUCGUACGAGGCUCUAUCGUAUGUGUGGGGAAAAGACCAGAGUGUCGGCAAAUUGACCCUGAAUGGUCACUGUAUUGAUAUCACGCCAAACCUUCAAGGCGCGUUGGUGCAACUUCGCUCAUCCAUCGAAGAUAGACUGAUCUGGAUUGACGCGAUUUGCAUCAACCAGGAAGAUCCAAAGGAGCGAAGCAAACAGGUGCGGCUGAUGAGAGAGAUCUAUUCCAAUGCGAGACGAGUCAUUAUGUGGCUUGGUGAAGAAGCCGAAGACACCAAAGCAGGAGUGGAGUUUCUCAAAGCACUAGAAGUGCAUCCGUCCCCGAAGGAACAUGCCGCGGAGGUUCUUAGGACGGCCCCAAGUGACCUCACUGCAAUGCUUAACGGCAUAGGCGAGCUAGUUUUGAAUCGACCAUACUGGAAUCGUCUCUGGAUCAUACAAGAGGUGAUGUGCGCCAAAGAUCUGGUAGUGCACUGCGGCUCAUUGACGGUUGGCUACGAGAUUCUGGAGAAAAUACACGACAUCAUUCUCGAAGCUAUUGGGGUACUAAUUCAAGAGAGACACCCUGCCACGCCGCGAUAUCUCCGAAUAGUGAACCAACUGUUGAGUGGCGGCGGUCGAUCGUCAUGGAGGGAGCACACUUCGACAGGCAUGCCUUUGGAGGAACUCCUAAGAUCUCAUUGGUCAUCAGAGUGCUCAGAUCCGAAAGACAGAAUUUACGCGUUGCUGGGCAUCUCCUCCCUCAGAAAGAGUACUCACCCCGGGCUGAAAGUAGACUACAGCCAGUCAACCAGCGAAGUCUACCGUGGAGCUACCAGGGCAAUCGUCGAGGAGACGGGGCGGCUGGACGUUCUUUGUUUGGUGACGGAAGCGGGGACACACGCAGUUACCAAGACCCACAGGGCGCGGCAGCCGUUUCUCCCCUCCUGGGUCCCGGAUUGGAACGUUCACAGAAGGACCGCCUUCUCCUUGAUCAGCACACACCCGCACUCCAAGGCAUCCGGGAACACAAAGGCGGAAUUUGGAUUCUCAGGUGACGGUACCCGCUUAAAUGUAACUGGGCUUGGUAUAUCCACGCUCGAGUACUGUGCCCAACGGUUUGAGAUGGCACAGAUGAGGCUGAGAGACAUUAUGAAGUUGUUUCUAGGCUGGCGAAAGUCAACAUUGGAUUAUUCCCGCCCAUGGCGUGGAGGUGGAGUCAACAGCUGGCUCAGAAAGUUUUAUUCAAUGCUAAAUACCAACAAACCUGAGGACACUUGGCCGGUGACUGAUGCCGACUGGUCCCGCUGGGAAUCAACAUCGCUUCUGCCUGGACCCGUUGACUCGGCGCUCUCCGAGCAGGAAAAGCAGUUUUUGCGGACUACAUACCAAUUCUGUGUGGGCAGGAGGCUCUUCUACUUCAAAGAUUCCGGGUCGAGCUCCCUGGGAGGCUUCAACAUUGGCCUGUGUCCAAAUGAAGCCACGGAGAGUGAUUUGCUCUGCGUGAUCCCGGGUUGUCCCAUGCCAAUUAUUUUGCACCCCGUGGACGAGCAUUUCCUCGUUGUCGGCGAAGCAUACGUCCCCGACUACAUGAUGGGCGAGGCCAUGGAAGGGAAGCCUCAGCUACAGAUAUUUACGCUUCAUUAG